UGAAUUCUGAUUAGUUAUUCCGAGCUUUCAUCUCUUUAUAUAGUACACACCCAUUCCUCUGUUAUUUUUUUCUUUUCUUUCACAAAAAAGAAAAUAACUCAGAUUAUUGCAUCACACUCUUACAAAAUUAAUGUAAUAUGGAUCCCACCAGAGAUUUUGUCAAGAAUAUCAAGCGUGUUGUUUUCAAGGUCGGAACUGCCGUCGUAACACGAAACGAUGGAAGAUUGGCAAUUGGCAGAGUUGGAGCUAUUUUUGAACAGCUCGAAGAAUUGAACUCUCAAGGCUACGAAAUAAUAUUAGUGACUUCGGGUGCUGUUGGAGCUGGUUGCCAAAGGCUCAAGUACAGGAGAUUAUUGAACAGCAGUUUCGCGGACUUACAAAAGCCGCAGGUCGAAAUAGACGGAAAGGCGUGUGCGGCAGUUGGACAAAACGGUCUUAUGGCAGUAUAUGAUUCUUUAUUCAACCAGUUGAACAUUACGUCGUCCCAACUUCUAGUUACGGACAAUGAUUUCAAGAAUCCGGAAUUCAGAACCCAACUUUCUCGAACGGUGAAUUCUUUGUUAGCUCUAAGAAGCAUCCCGAUAUUCAACGAAAACGAUGCAAUCAGUACCAGAAAAGCUCCAUACGAGGAUUCAACAGGUAUCUUUUGGGACAACGAUAGUUUGGCGGCUCUAUUAGCAAUUGAACUGAAAGCCGACCUUUUGGUAUUGUUGAGUGACGUGGAGGGUCUUUACAGUGGGCCCCCGAGCGAUCCGAAUUCGAAGCUGAUAUAUACAUACGUCAAACAAAAACAUCAAGGUGUAAUAACAUUCGGAGAUAAAUCAAGAGUCGGAAGAGGCGGAAUGACUGCUAAAGUCAAAGCUGCAGUCAGCGCUGCUGAUGCUGGCACGCCAGUUGUCAUUGCCAGUGGUUAUGUGUCAGAGAACAUUGCGAAGGUUCUAGAAGGACAAAGAGUGGGUACGCUGUUUCACAGAGACGCUCAUUCGUGGGUUACGCUUAACGAAUUAAGUGCGCGUGAGAUGGGAGUUGCAGCGAGAGAGUGUUCGACUAAAUUACAGAGUGUUUCUUCUGAAGAGAGGAGUAAGAUUUUGUGCGACAUUGCAGAAGCAUUGGAGGAGAACGAAACUGUAAUUAAAGUCGAGAAUGAUGCUGAUGUGGCAGCUGCACGCGAGGCUGGUUACGACGAGUCGCUAAUUUCCCGAUUAGUAUUGAACCAUGCAAAGAUUUCCACUCUGGCAAAGUCUAUUAGGAAAAUUGCAGACAUGGAAGAACCGAUCGGUCAGAUAUUGAAGAAAACCGAGCUGGCAGAAGGGCUUAUAUUAGAAAAGACUACAUGUCCUUUGGGUGUUCUAUUGAUUAUUUUCGAGUCUCGACCGGAUGCGCUAGUUCAGAUUGCGUCACUAGCAAUUCGAAGUGGGAACGGUUUGUUGCUAAAAGGAGGCAAAGAAGCUAGGUGCACUAAUGCAAUUCUUCACAAGGUAAUUACUGCAGCAAUUCCUGAAACAGUCGGCGAAAAACUUAUCGGACUAGUGACUUCAAAAGAGGAUAUUCCAGAUUUGCUCAAGCUUGACGACGUAAUAGAUCUUGUGAUCCCAAGAGGAAGCAACAGGCUCGUUUCGCAGAUAAAGUCUUCCACCAAAAUUCCGGUUGUUGGUCAUUCUGAUGGAAUCUGCCAUGUUUACAUUGAUAAAUCAGCAAAUAUCGACAUGGCAAAGAGCAUUAUUGUCGAUUCGAAGCUCGACUAUCCUGCUGCAUGUAACGCCAUGGAGACGCUUCUUGUUCACCAGGAAUUGUCAAGUUCCGGAAGUUUCCAGGAGCUUCUAGAUGAACUGAGUCAAGGAGGUGUUACACUGUACGGGGGACCGCGCGCAAGUUCAAUUCUGAAUAUUUCGGAAGCUAAAUCAUUUCAUCACGAGUACAAUUCAAGGGCUUGCACUGUCGAAAUUGUGGAUGACGUCAAAUCUGCCGUUGAUCACAUACGUAGACACGGAAGUGGCCACACUGAAUGCAUUGUCGCGGAAGACGUAGAAACUGCUGAGUAUUUCUUACAUCAAGUUGACAGUGCUGCAGUUUUUCACAAUGCAAGCACUAGAUUCUGUGACGGAAUGCGAUUCGGCCUUGGGGCAGAGGUUGGAAUAAGCACGAGCAAGAUACAUGCUCGAGGCCCCGUUGGAGUCGAAGGACUACUAACAACAAAAUGGAUUCUGAGAGGCAAUGGGCAUAUCGUGAAGGGAGACGAAGGAGUCGAUUAUACACACAAUAACUUAGUCGUUCUCACCGAGCAAUAGGUCUAGUUUUCAUUCAACAUUUAAUUUUUCUGUUUUUCUAUGUGGACCGUGCAUUUGUUGCAGUGACAAGUCGAACAGUGCAUUAGUUAACUACCUCCAAAUUAUUGACUUGUUUACGGACUCCGCAUUUUCCAAGGAAAUCCGUUAUUUUAAUGCAAAUUAGUCAUUAAGCACACUGGUAAUUAAUUUUCUUUAUCAUAAUAAAACAAAUAGUACACAUAUGCUAUU